GACAACUUCUUCCCUUAAGUAACCCUAACCGCUAGCAGACCUAGUUACACAUCUUCGUUGUGAUUGGGUUCUGAUUUUCCCGCCCCAUCGCCCACUGGAUAGACGAAAACAUCAACCACGUCCAGCAGUGCUGAGGGACAAUUACAGUUCCGCAUCGACGACAGCAUGCACGGCGACUCGUUCCUUUGUCUGACGGCCUCGUCUUUCGCAAUCAACGGGGAUUGUGCGAACCACAACUCCUUACCACGCUCCUCCUCGCCAAUGGAUCCCAUGGCUCCAGCGUUUCAGCCCGGCUCACCGCCACCAAAACCCAAGCUGCCAGCACACAACGCGGUCGACCCGCUGCGGAAAAGAUGUCGCGAAUGUGGAGAAUUUUUCCAGAAAGGCAGCCAAUUGAUGAAGCACCUGCGGAAGACUCACUGGGACACCACAGUGACGAGAGCGCCUGAGGCAGUCCGGAGACGGAAACCAAUUCCAUCUCCAUCUGCUCGGAAUCCAGGACAGCCACAGAUACACCCAUUUAUCCUGAUGUCACAGCAACAGAAACUACUCUUUGUUGUCCACGUUGUAUAUAUGCUUUGCUGCGUUGCCAUGAAAAUCCACGAACAGGAGGAGACGGCAAGGCAGCGAGAGAAUGAGAAGCCCGUCCAGCCGAGCGACGACCGUUCCCAGGAGUCUCCGCCCCCGGUGGAAGGCACAGCUGGUUCUAUGACGGGAAUAUUGCAAUCCGCUGCCGACAUUCGCCCGCGGCAGCCUGGGGAGGAUUCUGAUUCGGAGAUCGUGGACGAAGACGAAGACGGUGGUGUCCCUCUCUAUUCAUCCUCCAGCACUUAGGAGCCCGACUCUUCGAAUUAGCGGCAUUCGAAAUAGAAUGGGUGCCUCAGACGGAGAAGUUCUUGGGGUGACCUGGACUGGUUCAGGGGCCUUCUUGUUACAGCAGUGGAGGCCUACCGUGGCCGGGACUCUCCAACCUUCACACACCCCAAACCACGUCGGAUAUCGCCAUCUCGAUGGCAGCCCCCGC